CCGGAAAGGCGGGGGUGAGUGGAAACACCGGAGGCGGGGCACCGGAAGACAAGGCCUUCGGUCAUCAGGAUGCGACCGGAAGGUUGUGUCGCCUAGUGCGGGUCGCGGUCUAGAGGUUCCGUCACCAAACGAAAUGGCGGAGGCUGCUGUGCUGGCGUGGGUUCGCGGCCCCGGUACCGCGUGGAAGGCGCUACCGUGUGCCUCGGUCGGGUGCUCAGUGCGCGAUGUAAUCUACCGACACUGCGAAGAACAGGAAAUUCCUGUGGAAUGCUUCUUUGUGAAGUGCAAUGGAGUCCUCGUUGCUGCUGGUGACAAGGUGUGCCAUGGAGCUGUGUACAGUUUGGAGCCCAGGCUUCGAGGGGGCAAAGGAGGUUUCGGGUCUAUGCUUCGAGCACUUGGUGCACAGAUUGAAAAGACAACCAAUCGAGAAGCCUGCCGGGAUCUCAGUGGGAGGAGAUUACGAGAUGUCAAUCAUGAGAAAGCAAUUCCUGGUCAAGCACCACAGAGGGAGCAUUGGAUGGCCGAGUGGGUAAAACAGCAAGCUGAGCGAGAGGCUGAAAAGGAGCAAAGGCGCCUGGAGAGACUGCAGCGAAAGCUUGCAGAGCCUGCACACUGCUUUGCCAGCCCUGACUACCAGAGGCAGUGCCAUGAAAUGGCUGAGCGUCUGGAGGAUUCAGUCCUCAAAGGUAUGCAGGCUGCCUCCAGCAAGGUGGUGUCAGCAGAGGUCACGGAGACUCGAAAACGGCCUAACAGGUCAAAGACAGACCAGGGAGCUGGUGCAAAGAAAAAGAGGUGCUUUUGGUUGGGCAUGGAAGGACUGGAGGCUGCCGAGGGAUCCAGUACUGGCAGUUCAGAUGACAGUGAAGAUGAUGACCAUGAAGAUGCUCCUGGGACCUCGGGGCCUAGCUGCUGUGCCCGGGAAAAUGGCAGUGAUGGUGGGGAGGUGGCAGCAGACUCUCCUGGCAGUGUUCAGAGCUCAGGAUCUGGUACACGCUCUGAGUCGCCUAAAGAGCUUCAGAACCCCAUGACUGAGCCUGGGCAGGGCAUUUUGGAGAACACAGGAACUGAGCCAGGAGAGACAUCUACCAGGGAGCACAAUGAGAGGAAGACGGUCACAGUCACAGAAACAGAGGAGACCCCAGCAAGGAAGGAAACAGAGAGUCCCGAGCCCACAGAAAAGGGCCAAGAGACAGGAGUGAUUGGUGAAGACAGAGCUGCCAUGGCUUUGUCUGGAGAAGACAGGAAAAGCAUCCCUGCUGCUACCCCAGAGGGAAGCAACUCAGGAGACACGGCUCUUGGUGUGGAAGCUCUGGAUCUGUCGGCAUUCAGCUGUGCAGCCGAGUUGGAGUUGCUGGGUUUGGAGAGGCUCAAGUGUGCACUGAUGGCCCUUGGACUGAAGUGCGGGGGAACCCUGCAGGAGCGUGCGGCCAGACUCUUCUCUGUCAGAGGCCUCUCAAAGGAGCUCAUUGACCCAACUUUAUUUGCCAAGCCUUCAAAAGGGAAGAAGAAGUGAAUUUUCUCAGCACUCUCCUGGUGUUCGACACUUCUUCCAGUGUGAUGGACUUGUGGCCAAUGUUCCUUUUGAUACUAAAAGCCAGUUUUUUAAUAAUUCAGUUCUGAUUAGUCUCUUUUCAAUGGUACCUGGGCUUGAGGUUUUCAUUGGAGGAGAAAACUUUGUAUCUUAUUCUUUCUGGUAUUUUUGUAAGAGACUUACUCUAUAGGCCAGGCUCACCAAGAACUGUGUAGUUCACUUUGGUCUGAAACUGGCAGUGAUCCUCCUGUCUCAGGCAUGAGCCACUGAGCCUGCUUUGUCAGAGGUUUAUACAUUUCUUUGGCUUUAUAUAUUGUGUCAUUUGGGUAAGAUGUUUCCAAGAAUUCAUUUGUGUAACCCACAGCAGUCAGGUUUAUAGACACGGCUAUUCAUAACUUCCAUUUUAAAAACCUAGUAUAGUGUGUGUUACCAGGGGUGGAGCUAGCCAGGCUUCCCACACGGGAUUUUUAUUUCAGCUGGGGGGCCUGUCUAUUUUGUUUAGUUUUCAAAGAAUCAGAUUUUUGGCUUUGUGGGUUUUCUCAGUUGUCGUUGAUCUCUUUGGCUUUUUUUUUUUUUUUUUUUUUUGUUCGAGCUGGGGACAGAACCCAGGGCCUUGCGCUUCCUAGGUAAGCGCUAUACCACUGAGCUAAAUCCCUAGCCCGAUCUCUUUGGCUUUUGAGUUUAUAUUUCCUCUCCUACAUGCCUUGCAUUUACUUUAUCAUCUUUCUUUAGCUCCCUAAGUCUUAGAUCACCAAUUAGAGAUUUUAUUUUUAUUAUUACUUUUAGUAUAUUACCCAAUUAGUGAGUGUUUGUAUUUUCUCUAAAUGUUUUAUUGAUACUGACUUUUCAGGACAGAAGGUACCCUGUAUCCUCUUUAUGACUGACCUAGGAUAGGAUCUGACGAUCUGUGCUGUGUGCACAUUCUCACCGAGCACACACUCAGUGGGCAGCAGGCUGUGUGCGAGAACGCCUGUGAGUGGUUGGCCAGCUCAUUCAGGUGACCAGCCUUUGCUGGUUUAUUUUCAUAAGAACUAAGAGAAAACUCAAAUCUCAAUUAUGAUUGUGGGAAUUGCCCCCCCUUUUUAGAUAAAAAUAACUUAAUUGGCGUUUGCUAAGUUUUCAGUUUUAUAUUAAUAUAGUGAUCUUAUAUAUGUUUCUGCAUUGCCUUAAAAUGUCUGUCUCUGAUGGGUUUGGGAUUUUUUUCCCAUCUGACAAUUCACACAUGGAUACAGCGUGUCCUGAUCUGGUCCACCGUGCUUCUUUAAUUCUUCCGUUUUUACUUUAUAUCUUGAAGCUACUGUUAGGUCUUACUUUCUCCUUCUUAUUGAACGGUUGAUCGUGAAAUUCCUUCCUCUCUGGGUUUCCUGUUCACCACGUAUUAUCUGAAGCACAGCCCUCCCCCUCCAGCUUUCACCUCGUCUCCACAGUGCGCGGUUCUGUCCAUUUCCUCUUUCCUGCUCCUUCUGUCUACAGUGGGUGUCUGCAGACUGCACGUUAUUGUCUCGAAUUUGUGUCUGUUCUAUCACCAUCACCAUCACCAUCACCCUCAUCAUCUGGGCCCUGUCUCUGAUGAUGGGUCAGCGGUGAGUCACAAUCAUAACAUUUUCUUUGGGGGUGUUUCAGGCAUGGUCUACUCUUCUGCCUUGUAGUGUGGUGAGCUUCAUGGUUUUGUAAAUUUAUUCUGUUAAUUAAAUUUGGAAACAUUUUAA